CGGCGCACCCCCGCGGCAGUCCCCCAGCAGAGACCAGCUGCCUCCUGGCUGCUUCCCGGCGUCCUCUGUUUCGUGACCUUGUCCAGUAGAAGGCUAUUUAAUUUUUACAACUGCUCCAGUCUUGACAUUCAAGAUGAAGCAAGAUGCCACAAGAAAUGCUGCCUACACUGUUGAUUGUGAAGAUUAUGUGCAUGUGGUAGAAUUUAAUCCUUUUGAGAGUGGAGAUUCAGGAAACCUAAUUGCCUAUGGUGGCAAUAAUUACGUGGUUGUUGGCACGUGUACAUUUCAGGAGGAAGAAGCAGACAUUGAAGGAAUUCAGUAUAAAACACUACGGACGUUUCACCAUGGAGUCAGGGUGGAUGGCAUAGCUUGGAGCCCAGAGACUAGACUUGAUUCAUUGCCUCCAGUAAUCAAAUUUUGUACUUCAGCUGCUGAUUUGAAAAUUAGAUUAUUUACUUCAGAUCUUCAAGAUAAAAAUGAAUACAAGGUUUUAGAGGGCCAUUCAGACUUCAUUAAUAGUUUGGUGUUUGAUCCCAAAGAAGGCCAAGAAAUUGCAAGUGUGAGUGAUGAUCAUACCUGCAGGAUUUGGAACUUGGAAGGAAUACAGAUAGCUCAUUUCGUUCUCCAUUCCCCUGGGAUGAGUGUGUGCUGGCAUCCUGAGGAAACGUUUAAGCUGAUGGUUGCAGAGAAGAAUGGAACAAUCCGGUUUUAUGAUCUUUUGGCCCAACAGGCUAUUUUAUCUCUUGAAUCAGAACAGAUGCCGUUAAUGUCCGCACACUGGUGCUUAAAAAACACCUUCAGAGUUGGAGCUGUUGCCGGGAAUGAUUGGUUAAUUUGGGAUAUUACUCGGUCCAGUUACCCUCAAGAUAAGAGACCUGUGCACAUGGAUCGAGCCUGCUUAUUCAGGUGGUCCACAAUUAAUGAGAAUUUGUUUGCAACCACUGGUUAUCCUGGCAAAAUGGCAAGCCAGUUUCAAAUCCAUCAUUUAGGACACCCUCAGCCCAUCCUCAUUGGUUCUGUAGCCGUUGGAUCUGGCCUUUCCUGGCAUAGAACUCUGCCACUAUGUGCAAUUGGAGGAGACCACAAGCUGUUGUUUUGGGUGACUGAAAUGUAAGAUAAAUUUUUUGUGUACCUUAGAUCCAUAAAUUUUGUAUUUUUAGUACAUAUUUUGGAGAAUUCCUUAUUUUUAUAUCAAAAAUGUGGUAAACUCUAGAAAUGUCCCAGUUGUUGCUUUUGUUAAAUAAAAUGAUGAUUUGAAAAAUUA